AUGGUCAAUGUCUUUGCUGUCCAGGUCUUCUUCAUCGUUUUCCGCGAGUGUCUCGAAGCGGUAAUUAUUGUUUCGGUGCUCCUCGCCUUCCUCAAGCAGAGUCUGGGCCAGCCACACCAGGACCAGGGGAUCUACAAACGGCUGGUGCGGCAAGUAUGGGCGGGCUCGAUAACCGGCAUAGUCUGCUGCUUGAUUAUCGGUGGCGCGUUCAUCGGUGUCUUCUACGGGUUGGGCCACGAUAUCUGGUCCAACGCCGAAGAUCUCUGGGAAGGUAUUUUCUACCUGAUCGCAACCGUCAUUGUAACCGUCAUGGGUCUGGCUCUGCUACGCAUCAACAAGACCAAAGAGCAGUGGCGCAUUAAGAUCGCCAAGGCGCUCGUUGAGAAGAGCAAGCACCAUCGAAAGUCCAAGUGGCUCGGGGACUGGGCCCGCCGCUACGCCAUGUUCCUCCUUCCGUUCAUCACUACUAUGCGUGAGGGUGUCGAAGCUGUUGUUUUCGUCGGUGGUGUCUCGCUCGGCUACCCGGCUACUGCCUUCCCUUUGCCCGUCAUCACCGGCAUGCUGGCCGGAUUGACCUGUGGUUACCUCAUCUACCGCGGUGGUAAUGUGAUGUCCAUCCAGCUCUUCCUUAUUGCCUCGACCUGUGUGCUGUAUCUGAUUGCAGCGGGAAUGUUCUCCAAGUCGAUCUGGGAUUUGCAGUACUACGAGUACCAGAAGGGGGUGGGAUCCGACGUCGCCGAAGAGGGCAGCGGAGCGGGCUCGUACAACAUCCUCCAGACGGUCUGGCACGUCAACUGCUGCAACGCGGAGACCGACAACGGAUGGGACGUCUUCAACGCAAUUCUCGGAUGGGAGAACACCGGCACGUACGGUUCCAUCAUCUCCUACAACGUCUACUGGAUCUUCAUCAUGCUGUGCGUGGCCUACAUGCUGUGGGAGGAGCGCUCGGGAAAGCGGUCCCUGCGCGAGCGCAUCCUGAUCGGGUUGGCCAAGGUGCCGGGUCUCAAGUGGUACGCCAAGCCCAAGCUUGCGGCCCUGCAGGAGAACGGAGAGGAUAUUGUGCGCCAGGUGCACAGUGGGCUGUUCAAUGAGGAGGCUGUGGUGGAGCAGCAGAUGGUGGAGAUGAAGUGA